GAUUAUAUCCGGAAAUCUACUAGGAAAUUUGACAGAGCGGAGCAGAGUUUUUGUUUUACUAUACAAUAACACAAACAUUUACAUUUAUGAACCAUUUUUAAUGAGGUAAGACCUAAUAAUAUGUUACUAAGUCAUUUUAACACAUCAAACAAUUUAACAUAAGUGAAACAAAAGCUUAACAUUAUAUUUUUACAUUAUAUUAUAUUAGGAUGUUGGAUGUGUUUCAUUUUAGUUUUAUUUUUGGUGCUGGGUGGUCGAGUGCUCUAAAUUCCAAGCUUUUUGGUCUGGAGUUCAAUCCCUACCAAAGAUCAAGUCACGUAAAAACAUCACCAGUAAGCCGGGUGGAUGGAACAAUUUAAACUUAGAUGGCAAAUAAACUAAGAGAAAAACAUUCUUAAGCAAAAGCCAGGGAGUGAGUCUCGUAUGAGGAUAAAUGAAUAAAAUGACAAAUUUGGACACCUCCGAUGAAAGUAUUUAAAUAAAAAAAUUAAAUUUAAAAAAGAUAUGCAAUUGAGAAACUAGAUCGCCGAUUAACUUGAAAAAAGUCAUAUAAUUUGGCAGAACAUUUGACGCUAACCAUGAAUCAUAAAUAAUGAUUACCUAGGUGUGUAUGUAUGACUAUAACGCAGUGUUCAACAGGCGCGCAGAAUAAAAUUUCUCAAAAGCUAGCAUCUAUUGGCAAUGUUAUAAAGUCUGUUACUUGAAUGCACUGUUUUUCAAUAAAAGUUAGUGGUUUGCUAGUUUAAGCAUUUCUGCAGCCAAUAUAAAUUGAGAAAUAAAAACUUGAAAAAAACAGAAAUUUGACAAACAAUUUGUGUAAAUGUGUGUUCCUUCAACUGUCAUGUUGACACAAUUUUAAUGAAAUGCCUCAAAGAUCAAUUUUUUACUAAACCUUUCAUAAAUAAGCAUAGUUCGUUCUUAAAUUAAACUCUUUUAAAAUGUGUAUUUCUUUCGUUUGUUUUAUCUUUACAGAUUUUUUAACUGUUUAUCUGGAACCUGUUUAGAACCGUGCGUCGUGGGAACACAGCCUUCAAUGUCAUCCGACUUUUACAUGAUACCGAAAGAGAGACAACUUGCAAUAGACGGAAACAUAACUGACACACGGGUCAACUGUUUCAUAUAUCGAUUUCCCGUGGAUUCGAACUAUUCCUCCGUUAACAUUACAUGUGAAAAAACGGAACAAUCAUGCGACACAAAAAUAAGUGUUGUUACUUCUCAGCCUCCUUACUUAAGCC